AUGUAAUAUAGCAUAAGUUAAUCGUCAUUAAUAUAAUCUCCAUAUGGUUAGAUAAUAAGAAAAACACCAAUAACUAGAUAGAAUAGAGCAUAAGAGAAAAUGAAUGAUUAAUCAAUGAUGUCUCAAUAUCAAUCUCCAACAUUAAGAUAGGCUAUGUCACCAAAAGCAGCUAGAGAAUACUUAAAUAGUUUAAAAAGCUUUAUAAAUCAAUAUGAAACAAAACCUAUAAAUGAAAGUAGAAUUGUUACUAAAAGAAGUAUUUAACCAAUCUAAUAACCACCUUAUUUAUACUUUCCAAUUGCUAAUAGAUUGAAUGAUGAUAUAAAAUUGAUGACUCCUUAAAGAAUUGAAGUAAAAAAAUUAAAUUCAGAUGGAACUGUGCAUUCGUUAAAGUAUUAUUACUUGAAGUAAGCAGUUUUAAGCAGUUCGAAUGAUGUUCUAACAUCAAAUUAAAUUACUAUUGUUGGAUUGAAACAUAGUGGGAAAUAAAAAUUAUUUAUAGAACUAAUAAAUAAAAUGAUGCCUAAAUCUUUUAAGUUAAAUAUAAAAACAGAUCAAAUUGAUAAAUAACUAAAUGUUUAAGUAACUGAUGAUCUAAAAUCAACAAUAAAAAGUUUAAAAGCAGGAUCUAAGAAUUGUUAAUUAAUUGCAUAAAGUGAUUAACAUCUUCUGAUUUGUAAAGGAUAACAUGGUUUCAUAAGAGAUAAGAAAGAUUAAGCCAUUCUAAUUUUAUGUAUAAAGCCUGGAAAACAAAUUAAAUAGGAUUGUGUCUAAACUCUUAAAUUGAUAGUAAAUUUAUAAAAUAAUUGA